GAAAAUUCGGACGAGGAUCAAAAUAGUAAAAGGGUGAAACUAGCAGAUCCGAAUAUAAUUUCUACCGCCCGUAGAAUCAUGGAGGACAUAAUGAAACUCGACGAGAAUGAAACUAUUUACUCAGAUCCUAAAAAUUUCCUUUCGUUACCAUAUCCAUACCUUGGCGAAAAAUUACCAAUAGAUAGAUUUGAUAUUGACCAUGAUGGCUCUUUCAUCUUCAUGGGAAGAACGAAAUUUGAGCAGGUUCUAGAAGACAUUAACAAACUUCGGCCUCGUAGUUAUAUGAAAUUAUUUAUUUAUGGUACUGUCGGAUAUGGCAAGUCGUAUAUCCUUACAGCCAUUGCAUGUUUUCUUUUCCGAACAAGAAGGCGUGUUGUAUUUCUUCCUGAUUGUCGCCAAUUGGCUGUUGAUCCAGUUGAAUACAUUAAACUUGCCUUAUUUCUUACUUACGAAAAUGAUGAUGUGAAAAUAAGUGAAAUAAAUGCCUGUGAAGAUUUUUGUCACAUCAUAAAAUUUUGCAAAUCAUUGGAGGAAAAGUUAUAUUUCAUCGUAGACCAAAUGAAUGCUCUGGACGAAGGAGAUAACACCGGGAUUAGCUUAGAAAAGAAACGGCAAAUUCGAGAAAAUCUUGAUAAAAUGGUCGAUAACCACUUUUAUAUUAUGAGUUCUUCGGCUAACAACAAGACGAUGUUGCAUCUUAUGGCAAAGCAGACCGGAGAAUUGAAGAUCAAGCUUUUUGGAGGGUUUGAUGAGGGGGAGAUGAAAGAAUGGUGGAAUAAGCACAAUUCCGAUUUACCAGCAAUGGAUGAACAACAGAUAAGACAAAUCGAAGAUAUCACUGGAAAAAUUCCGCUCUUCCUAAAGUUUUUGUUAGAAUCAGAUCACAAGAACUUUAAAGAUGCAUGGGAGUAUUUAGACCAACAAUUAACAUCAAAGAUAAAAGAGCCAAUGAUGAACUUUUCAGACAUUAUAUCAAGUAGCAAUAGAUGGGAACUUCAUGUCAAGUUGAUGACAUCAUUUCUGACAAAUAAAGAUCCUACAGAUGGCUAUGGGCAUAAUGAUUACGAUCAUCGCUUCUUCUACGUUGACAAUGGAAAAUGCUAUUACGUUUGUGGGUUAGCACGGGAUUGCAUGGCAAAUUACCUUUAUGGAAAGGACAGAAUGGAUGCAUUGCUAGCAUUUGUUAGAACGGAAUUAUGGCAAAUUCAAUAGGAUUUAAGGUCGAUAGUCAUCAGUUUUUUUCUGGUGUAGAAGAUAUUAAUUUUUCUUUGAGUGGGGGGACAUGUACGUUUUAUUUGCCACGUAAAUGGAACCAAAAGUCAAUAGACGGAUUACUGGCCUUAUACAAGACAGGUAUGUUGUAUAUUGCACCAAUUCAGAUCACCUUUGAUAAGGAAGGACAUUCAGAUUCUGAAGGAGCUUUUUUUUCUGGGAUUUGGCCAGAAUUGAAAUCAAAUAUACCAAAUAACUUGAAUGUAGUAAUAAUAUUCAUAUGGAUUACAUG